ACAAAUGAUCCUAAUCCUAUCCAGUGGACUUUGAGAGGAGACAAGUUAAUACAUGACCACGCGUCCAGACAUACUAUAAUUUUUUCCUGUUAAGUUAAUGGUGACGGGAUAAUCCAGAAGGGAGCAGAGAAUAGAAGAAGACGGGCGGACGGACAGGAGACGUGUCUCUGGCCUUCCACGCUUCCCGGUCUCCGCAGCAAGCUAUUGGCUCAACACGAGAACGCGAUAAACCGGGAGUUCCCUCAGGCCAGAAAAAACCGCCGCCGUGUCUUCUUGGUUUCGCGGUGGCGCCGCCCCUUCCAUAGUUUUCUUGCCAAGCCUGAUCCAAUACUGGAGUAGGGGAAGCGGAAGAAAAAAAAAAGUUCGCUCCUUUACGCUUUGGAUUUAUGCGAGAGAGAUGACCGGAGAUGAGAUCCCGGACUCAAUUCCAAACCCUAACCCUAACCACAAUCCCGAGUCGAAUCCUGAAAGUAAUCGCCAGGCGGUGGAACGGGACGGCGGCGGGAGUCAAGAGAAAGAGAAAUCUUCCGGGAACCCCAGAUCCGGAGGCGGAGGUGAUCGCGCUGUCGCCGGAGGCGCUUCUAUCGGCGAGCACCUUCGUGUGCGAGGUCUGCGGAAGGAGUUCCGGCGGGACCAGAACCUCCAGAUCCACCGUCGGGGGCACAACCUGCCGUGGAACUUCCCCCAGAAGAAGGCGGCGGCGGCGACGGAGGCGGUCGGCGGGAAGGAGGCGGCGAGGAAGCGGGUGUACGUGUGCCCGGAGAGACGUGCGUGUACCACGACCCGGCUCGGGCGCUCGGGGACCUUACCGGGAUCAAGAAGCACUACAGCCGGAAGCACGGGGAGAAGAAGUGGAAGUGCGACAAGUGCUCGAAGAAAUACGCCGUCCGGACCGACUGGAAGGCCCACAGUCGGAUCUGCGGCAACCGCGAGUACGAGUGCCUCUGCGGCACCCUCUUCUCUAGGAAGGAUGUUUUAUAAUUCACAGGGCGUCGUGCGAGCGACGGCGGAGUCUCCGACGGCGGCGGCGACGGUCGAUCUUGCUUCAAGCGCGAACGCCGUGAAUAACGAAUUGUUUGUUUCCCGAGCUUAUGGGGACAGAGCUCGUCGCAGUCUACGGGAGUGAGGGAGGAGCAGGGACAGUGGACAGGCACAUGAUCCGUCAUCUGUGAACAAAUAGAUCGAAGGAUAUCAAGAGUGUCAAGGAAAUCGACUUUCAUGUUGUAUCCGGACGCAGAAUGUUUCCAGGCCUUUGUAAACUUCCACAAUAUUUUGUCAGGAUUUGAUGUCUACUGAUUUUAGUUUGUACACUUUUGCUUGUAAUCGAAUGGCAAAGCUGUGAUGAAUUAAACGGAGGUUCUUCUCUAGACCGCAAGCCUUAUCAUCUGCCUCAAUGUUAGCUUUAGGAAUCACAUUGAAUUGAUUUCAAAAA